CUUGCCAAGAUGUCCGCCGCCAUCGCUGCGCUUGCUUCGUAUGGAGGCUCCGACUCCGAUUCAGACUCCGGCUCCGAGGCCGAGGGUGGGCCCGGAAGGUCGGCUCAGGUCGCUGCCGGGGACGCGGUGCUGCACCUGGCCUCGCUUCCUUCUGCCCAGCAGGCGCUCCUGCCCGCGGUAGACUCGGCCCCUGCGGUGGCCGUAAAAGAAGAUGUGGAAACAGGAGUACAUCUUGAUCCAUCUACCAAGGAAGUUCAGUAUAACCCAACGUUUGAUACCAUGUUUGCGCCUGAGUUUGGGCCAGUGAAUCCAUUUAGGACACAGCAGAUGGCUGCACCUAGGAAUAUGCUUUCUGGAUAUACAGAACCAGCACACAUUAAUGAUUUCAUGUUUGAACAACAAAGAAGAACAUUUGCAACCUAUGGAUAUGCUUUGGAUCCCUCAGUAGAUAAUUAUGAGGUUUCUACUAAAUAUAUUGGGUCUGUUGAGGAAGCUGAAAAAAAUCAAGGUCUAACAGUGUUUGAAACAGGACAAAAGAAAACAGAAAAAAGGAAGAAAUUCAAAGAGAAUGAUGCAUCAAAUAUUGACGGUUUCUUGGGACCAUGGGCAAAGUACGUUGAUGAAAAGGAUGUUGCCAAACCUUCAGAAGAAGAGCAGAGGGAACUAGAUGAAAUAACAGCAAAGAGGCAGAAGAAAGGCAAGCAUGAAGAUGAUAAACCUGGAGAAGAAAAGACUAUUUUACAUGUCAAAGAGAUGUAUGACUACCAAGGGAGAUCCUACCUUCAUGUCCCUCAGGAUGUUGGUGUUAAUCUGCGUUCAGCUGUGCCCCCUGAGAAAUGUUACCUUCCCAAAAAACAGAUCCAUGUAUGGUCUGGGCAUACAAAGGGUGUCAGUGCUGUCAGGUUGUUUCCUCUUUCUGGCCACCUGUUGCUGUCUUGUUCAAUGGACUGCAAAAUUAAGCUCUGGGAAGUAUAUGGUGAGCGAAGAUGCUUACGAACUUUCAUAGGGCACAGUAAAGCUGUUCGAGAUAUAUGUUUCAACAAUGCUGGGAGCCAGUUUCUCAGUGCUGCAUAUGACCGGUAUCUUAAACUCUGGGAUACUGAAACAGGACAGUGUAUUUCAAGGUUCACCAACAGGAAGGUUCCUUACUGUGUCAAGUUCAAUCCCGAUGAAGACAAACAAAACCUUUUUGUGGCGGGAAUGUCAGAUAAGAAAAUUGUUCAAUGGGAUAUUCGGAGCGGAGAAAUUGUACAGGAAUAUGAUAGGCAUUUGGGUGCUGUCAACACCAUUGUGUUUGUGGAUGAGAACAGACGAUUUGUCAGUACAUCUGAUGACAAGAGUUUAAGAGUCUGGGAAUGGGACAUUCCAGUAGAUUUCAAGUACAUAGCAGAACCAAGUAUGCACUCAAUGCCUGCAGUGACUUUGUCUCCAAAUGGAAAAUGGCUGGCUUGCCAAUCAAUGGACAAUCAGAUUUUGAUUUUUGGAGCUCAGAACAGGUUCAGGCUCAAUAAAAAGAAAAUUUUCAAGGGCCAUAUGGUGGCAGGCUAUGCUUGUCAAGUUGAUUUUUCACCUGACAUGAGCUAUGUGAUAUCAGGUGAUGCAGAUGGAAAACUGAAUAUCUGGGACUGGAAGACGACAAAACUCUAUAGUAGGUUAAAAGCCCAUGACAAAGUUUGCAUUGGUGCAGUGUGGCACCCGCACGAAACCUCCAAAGUGAUCACAUGUGGGUGGGAUGGCCUCAUUAAGCUAUGGGACUGAACAUUUCGGUGUAUAUAUCCUAAUCUCAAUCAGUUGGAGAUGUCUGAAGUUUCAGAAGGCAUACUUUGCAAUGGAAGUGGCCUGGAGACUGCAACAUUAAGAUGGUUUUUUCAGAUGCUCGAGUACUAAAUUGUGCGCAUACCAUCUUGAAAAUGGACCAAGGAAGACUUGGUCAUAAAGGUUUCCCUUGUAAAACCUGAAAAUGGCCACAUGAAAUGGACUGAAUAGAAGUUUUCAGUUAUUUUUUUAGCUAUUUAAAACAGAAUUAAACUGGUAUAUUUCUCUUGGAUUGUGUUUGAAGAAGCUGAAAUAAAAACAUGGGGGCUUUGCCCUGUUCUGUAAGUGCACAAUACGUAAGAGAAGAGCUUUUCUUAUCAGUGUUACAUACUAGUAAUGUAACUAUUUAAAGAUACUAUUUGGCAGUAUUCUCCAACUUCCAAGUACAUAAGAUGUUGUGGAAAUUAUUUUACACAUAAUAGAAUUUUUUUACUCAAAAUUGCUGUAUUUAUAGAAAUUAUUAGUUACAUUCAAAUACACACAGAAACAUAAACUUUGUGCAGCUUCAUGUCCACAGUUCAGUUUCCUGCCGGUGAAAAAAUUUCCCCCUAAAUCCAGCAGUCCUGCUUCAAAGGGUGGAGGGAAGGUCCUUGUCCAUUGAAUCAUAAGUACAGCCCUUCCCCUAACCUUCCUUUCUUGGGGAAUGGAGAACUCUGCCUAGGACACACUUUCCUACUGUUCUGAUACACAAGAUUACUAUUGUGUGUACAGGUGUAUUGGGGUUGAUACAGGGUUACAGUUCUUUUUCCACUGUUUGCUUCUUAUGAUAAAGAAAUCCAAAGAACAUUUUAUGUUUAACUCUCCUAAAUAAUUUUUCACAUAUUGUUUCAUUGUAAACACACACCCAUUCAACCAGUAACGUCUGUGUAGAAGCAAAUGUUAGUGAAUUACAGCUUUUUAUAAAUGUACCUCCAAGAUGUAAUUGGAAGAAAGCUGUAGCAGCUUUAUCACUUGUCCACCCACAUUUUGUAAAUAAAUGGGCACUUUAAUAUCUA